UAUUACUUAAAUUUUAAGCCUCACACAUCCAUCACCAAUAAUAAAAAAGAGAAACUAGAUUCUCUCUUUGUCUGUCUCUCUAUCUUUCCUUUCUAUUCUUUAAGCAGCAGCCACCCCUGUGAUUUUCUUUCUCAGAUAUGAAUACAGUGAUGGCUAGAAGCUCUCAAGACAUGUCCUCUAAGAGGCACUUUCACUGGACCAACAAGGUUGGGACAGAAGAUGGUGAAGUUCCCACUUCAGAAUCAUUCUCAACACUCAUCCAAGAGGAGAAAAAAGAGGAUGAAAAGGUUGUUGUUGCUGCUCCUGAGGCUCAAGCAGCACCUGCAACAAGGAGGAAGCUGCAGGCAGUGGCAAUCUCCAGGAUUCGCUCAGUUCUUACUGUGUUUGGCAAGAACCGUUUAAACACAUCUUUUGGCCUUGGUUCUCGUGUAGUUGGCACCCUCUUUGGAUAUAGACGUGGGCAUGUCCAUUUUGCAUUUCAAAAGGACCCCACUUCCCAGCCAGCCUUCAUGAUUGAGCUUGCAACACCAAUCAGUGGUUUGGUCCGUGAAAUGGCAUCUGGGUUGGUUAGAAUUGCUCUGGAAUGUGACAAGGACAAAGAAGCUGAGAAGAAGGCUGUGAGGCUGCUGGAAGAGCCUGUGUGGAGGACAUAUUGCAAUGGCAAGAAAUGUGGUUUUGCUAACAGAAGAGAGUGUGGGACAAAGGAGUGGGAUAUCCUCAAAGCUGUUGAGCCAAUCUCAAUGGGUGCAGGUGUUCUUCCAGGAACUGAAGCAGGCUCAGAGGGUGAAAUCAUGUACAUGAGGGCCAAGUUUGAGAGAAUUGUUGGCUCCAGAGACUCUGAAGCUUUCUACAUGAUGAAUCCUGAUAGCAAUGGUGCUCCUGAGCUCAGCAUCUACUUGCUUAGAGUCCAGUAGUCUUCCAAGCUGUUUAUUAUACUUAGUUUUACUUUUCUUUUUUUUCUUACUCUUUGUUCUUUGUGGAUUUUGGAACAAUGGGUUAUUGGUAUACUACUUGCUUAGCUCUUCGAUCAUGAAAAUGGAGAUCUAGUCCUCUCCAGCUUUCUCUUUUUUCUUCCUGGAGGUAUAAGAAGUGGAUUUACUAUUGUUUUUUAGUUUUGUUAGAAUAGGUGAGUAGGCUAAGUCAGAAAGGGGGAGAAAUAGUGGGUAACCAAUACUUUACAGCAUGUUGGUGGGGAGGUGGGUCAUGAAAGGUGUAUAUGUGUAGUUUUUCCUUUCCAAUCCUUCAAUUAAUGAUGAGGGACGGAGGUUAUUGCAAAUCAUCAUUGUCUUUG